AUGAAACAGAGGUGGCUCUCAUUUAUGGGAUUAAUCGUUUCGUACUUUUUCCCACCAGGCGAUCCUAUGUCGUGCGGAAAACUAUCAGUUGACCAGGUUGAUGUGAAGGAUAAGAGGGUACUUAUACGAGUGGAUUUCAACGUACCGCAGAAAAACGGGAAAAUAUCCAACAACCAGCGAAUUGUCGCUGCUUUGCCCACGAUCAAGCAUUGCCUCGAUAAUGGUGCGAAAUGUGUAGUGCUUAUGUCCCAUCUUGGCCGUCCUGAUGGGAAGAAAAAUCCGAAAUUCACGUUGGCACCGGUCGCCGAAGAACUCAAAAAAUUACUUGGGAAAGAUGUCCAAUUUCUCAACGACUGCGUUGGUCCUGAUGUAGAAAAAGCAUGUGAAAACCCAGCUCCUGGUUCCGUGAUUUUAUUGGAGAACCUUAGAUUUUACAUUGAAGAGGAAGGAAAGUGCACAAAUGAAAAAGGUGAAAAGAUGAAAGCCAAACCUGAAGACGUUGAGAAAUUUAGAGCGUCUUUGACUAAGCUCGGUGAUGUCUAUGUGAACGAUGCAUUUGGUACAGCACAUAGAGCACACAGUUCGAUGGUUGGUGUGAAACUGGAGAAACGCGCAUGCGGAUUUUUGAUGAAGAAUGAACUUGCCUACUUUGGAAAGGCCCUCGGGGAUCCUGCCAGACCUUUCUUAGCAAUCCUCGGUGGAGCAAAAGUUGCUGAUAAAAUCCAGUUGAUCAAGAAUAUGCUGGACAAGGUCAAUGAAAUGAUAAUCGGCGGUGGUAUGGCAUUCACAUUCCUGAAGGUGGAUCAAAAUGUGGAGAUUGGUAAAUCACUAUUUGAUGCGGAGGGAGCAAAAAUCGUAAAAGAACUCCUUGCAAAGGCUAAAGAGAAGAAUGUGCAAAUGCAUCUUCCAGUAGACUUCGUUGUGGCCGAAAAAAUUGCAGACGAUGUCGCAACAAAAACAGUUACAGCGCAGGAAGGGGUUCCCAAAGAUCAAAUGGGUCUAGACAUUGGCCCGGAAACCGAGAAAAAGUUUGCUGAAGUUAUUGCUAGAGCGAAAACGAUUGUAUGGAAUGGCCCCCCGGGCGUAUUUGAACAUGAGAAGUUUGCUCACGGCACAAAAGCGGUGAUGGAUGCUGUCGUGAAAGCAACAUCAGACGGUGCAACGACCAUAAUUGGUGGUGGUGAUACCGCCACUGCAUGCAAGAAAUGUAAAACUGAAGACAAAGUAAGCCACGUUUCCACCGGCGGAGGAGCAAGCUUGGAAUUGCUUGAAGGCAUGUCGUGCACAAAGUUUCGGUUGAAAUCGACAAACUGA